AGAGGCAGAGUUGUCCUCCUGGCCGCCAUUAAAGAAUUCAAUCCAUGAACUGAAAUAAUGGAAAUCUGCAGGAGCCAUGGAUCUGCCACAGAGGAGGCACCGAUGAGGGGGCUCUCAGAUUAGCCAUUUCGCCGUAUUUUUUUAACCCGUGGUUUUACUACGACGGAGGGCUGUGAUGGUUUUCUUUCGGGGGGGAGAAAAGAGGCAGAUUGUUUUAUGUAGCGGUGGAGCUCUGGUAUGUUAGCUGGCGUGCUAGCAGCCUAGCAGGGCUCAGGGGGAGGGGAGAGUUCCUCUGCUUUCAAAUUGUUUCAGAUCGGCUAGCUGGCGUUAGCAUUAGCACACCGGGGGUCUACGCUUUUUUUGGGAGAUGAAGUUUUUAUAGUUUUCGAGCUUUUAUCGCGCACACAACUUUCCCCGCCGGGGGAUUUAACACUAAGUGUGGUCGGGUUGUGUAAAUCUGACAUCGGGGUAAUGUAGCAGCAGGCUUGCGGCUAACCAGAUCAGACAAUACAUUUCAGAUAGGAUUGAUGAAUCGAAUAGCUGGAAGCUCACGGUUAACGCUAUCUGGCUGUCCGUCUCACGUUAGCUUAGCUGCCGGGCUAGCGGCGGCUAGCGCCGGUUAGAAGUUGUAGGUUCGCCUGGCUAGCUGCGGCUAGCAACUUGGACAGCGGCUUUAACGGGAGAAUUACAAGUGAACGUCGCCCGGGCUAACCCAGCGAAGCCCCACACCCGGACCACUAUUGCCCCCCGAAGGUGAUUGAGACAAUGGACUUUAACGUUACGGCCACGCAGUGAAAGGAUGACUUCGUGCUUUGUACCAAACGGGGCCAGUUUGGAGGACUGCCACUCCAACCUCUUCUGCCUGGCUGAUUUGACUGGAAUAAAAUGGCGGCGCUUCGUGUGGCAAGGACCCACAUCUUCACCCAUCCUCUUCCCCGUGACGGAGGAGGACCCCAUCCUGUGUAGUUUCAGCCGAUGCCUGGCGGCGGACGUGCUGAGCGUGUGGAGGAGGCACCACACCCCGGGUCGGCGGGAGCUCUGGCUCUUCUGGUGGGGCGACGACCCCAGUUUCGCCGAGCUCAUCCACAAUGAGCUUUCGAGUGAAGAGGACGGCGAGUGGGAGAGCGGCCUGUCCUACGAGUGUCGGACGCUCCUGUUCAAAGCCAUCCACAACCUGCUGGAGCGCUGCCUCAUGAACCGCGGCUUCGUUCGCAUCGGAAAGUGGUUCGUUAAGCCAUACCAAAAAGAGGAGAAGACUAUCAACAAAAGUGAGCACCUCUCGUGUGCGUUCACCUUCUUCGUACACGGUGACAGCAACGUGUGCACGAGUGUGGAGAUCGCCCAACAUCAGCCCCUCCAGCGGCUGAGCGAGGAGCACCUCAGCCUGGCGCAGCAGAGCUCCAGCCCUCUGCAAGUCAUCCUGAGUCCCUACGGUUUGAACGGGACCCUCACCGGCCAGGCUUUUAAGAUGUCAGACCACCCGACUCAGAAGCUCAUCGAGGAGUGGAGGCAGUUUUACCCCAUCAGCCCCAACCCCAAGGAGGUCCAGGAGGACAAGAUGGAAGACUCGGACUGGGAGGACGACUCCCUGGCAGCCGUGGAGGUCCUCGUCGCGGGAGUGAGGAUGGUCUACCCUUCCUGCCUGGUGCUCCUCCCCCUGGCGGACCUCCCCGCUGUGGUCCCUCAGGGCUCAGCCAACACCUCAGGAAGCCUUUGUGGUGCUCAGCAUGGCCAAGCUGCUCAUCGAGAUCCUGCCAUGUCCUCUGUCACUCUGACGCCUCCGUCACCAGAGGAGGCUCAGACCGAUUAUCAGCCUGCCCAGAGGUGGCUCAAACUGUCCUCUGCAUCUGAUGGCUACAGUUCCAACAACACUCUUCGGGGUAAAAUCCCUCGCAGGCUCGCCAGCCAGAUGGUGGAGUCUGUAUGGCAAGAAUACAACAUAAACCGUACAGGGAACAAGAGGAAAUUCACUACCUUGACAAAUGGGACCUGUGAAGAGGAGGCUGACAAAACGGGGCUCUGGGAUUUUGUGGAGUCGACUCACAGGCCACACUGUAACUGCUCCAGACAUAAGAGUCAAAAGCAGCGAUCCAGCAGUACCUCAGGACACCCGCCCUCGUCGGGCCAGCCCGCCCAGCCGCCCGCCAAGCACAAGCUGGGGGAGAAGCUGGAGAAGGGGGAGAAGCAGCAGAAGAGGCCGCAGACGCCGUUCCACCACCGCAACUCGGUGAGCGAGGAGCAGUCCCUGGAGCCGCAGGCGACGAGGCUGUGCCUGAGAGCGCAGGAGGAGGGCUCGUAUCCCAGCCUGCACCACGUGGACACGGUGCCAUCCAAAGCCCCCACGCUGCACGCCACGGCCCCCCCCAGACCUGGUGGGCUCGCCCCGCCCCCUCCCCUCAGUCCCCAUCCCUGUGACCACGUGGAGAGCGACAUGACUCCGGGCGGCGUGAAGAGCUCGUCCACGCCCAUCCACCAGCCCUUCUACCCGCCGUCGGUGGAGCCCUGCCUGAUGCCCCAGAAGGCGUCUCCCGAGGAGCAUCCGCUGGAGAGCAUGCCCAUGCCUCUGCCCUUCCCCCCAGCCUACAGCGAAACUCUGGAACCCACCGUCUUUGUCGGUUCCGCCAUCAACCCCAACGAAGACUCCACCCACAACCCCUGGAAGUACUUCAACCUGCCCAGGAAGAAGGCGGCCAGCUUCCUGACGCCCCCGCUGCCCGUCGAUAAAGUGCGAGACGAUUUUGGAAGCGGCGGCGGAACAGAAAGUGUCGUCUCCGCCACCGAAUUGAUGUCGGCGUCCUCGCAUCCCCUGAAGGUGUCUCAGGAGCUGGUCAGGACGUACGCCCAGCGGAGGAACAGCCAUCUUGGUUCCACUGCAGGAGACGACGAAGACAGCGAGGAGCCGGACCCUUACGCCUUCGUAGAAGGAGACGAAGAGUUCAGCUUUACUGAGAAGAAGGACAAACCUGGAGCCGAGAAAGAACACAACAAGAAACACAAGGUGGAGGACGGGACAGGAUCCUCUGGAGACGACGGUCAGGGUCCAUCAGGAAAUAAGCCUUCAGCCUCUACGAGCCUCAUCCAUGAGAAUGACUUGGCCGUGUCCUACAGCGACCUGGACAAAAUCUUCAAUUCAGACGAAGAUGAGCUGGCGCCCGGAUCUAAAAGAGCGGGAGUCGGUACAGAGGACAAGUUUGGCUCCAAAGACAACAAACCAGCCACGUUAGAUCCACUCUCUUGCAUAAGCUCAGCAGACCUGCACCAGAUGUUUCCCACCCCGCCCUCCCUCGAGCAGCAGGGCUACUCUCCCAUGAACUCCGGGAGCAAGGAUAGCCUGGAAGCAGGGGCGGGCCUCACCCUGUUGGACGGAAGCCAGCUUAACAACCACUUCAAGAUGGAGGUGGAGGAGGGUUUCUGCAGCCCCAAGCCAUCCGAAGUAAAGGACUUCUCCUUCGUGUACAAGCCGGAGACGUGCCAGUCCAUCAUUGGCUGCUCGAUGUACGCGCCUCUGAAGACGCUCCCGAGCCAGUGUCUGCUGCCCAUCAAGCUGCCGGAGGACUGCGUCUACACGCCGAGCUGGACUCUGGGCAAAAUGGAACUGAUACCCCCAGUGUCCAAUAUCAACCUCCUCACCAAAGACAGUAAUGUCCCCAGUGUGGAGCCCGACUACAGCCAGACCUACACCCCUCAGACCCACACGCCCUUCAUGUCCAGCAGCGCUCCCCCCAGCAACAGCGGCACCGGCAUCCUGCCAUCCCCGGCCACGCCGCGCUUCUCCGUGCCCACGCGGACGCCCCGCACCCCGCGGACCCCCCGCGGCCCGUCCAGCGUGCAGGGCUCCCUCAAGUACGACAACUCGGACCUUUACUCGCCGGCCUCCACGCCGUCCACCUGCAGGCCGCUCAGCUCGGUGGAGCCGGCCACGGUGCCCUCCAUCCCCGAGGCGCACAGCCUCUACGUCACCCUCAUCCUGUCCGAGUCGGUCAUGAACCUCUUCAAGGACUGCAACUUCGACAGCUGCUGCGUGUGCGUGUGCAACAUGAACAUCCGCGGGGCCGACGUGGGCGUGUACCUCAAGGACAACGGCGAGGCGCAGUACCCCUGCACCUGCGGCUUCAGCGCCGUGGCCAACCGCCGCUUCGGCCAGUCGGCCGGGCUCUUCCUGGAGGACGAGCUGGACGUGGUGGGGCGCGGCUCGGACGCCAGCCGCGACACGGAGCGGUGCUUCGAGGAGCUCCGGGCCUCGACCGCGCACAAGUCCAGCGGCCUGAAGGAGAAGCCUCCGGACGAGCUCAUCCUGCUGCUGCAGGACCAGUGCACCAACCCCUUCGCCCCCAUGGCGGGCGUGGAGUACUCCAAAACCACUUCAGCCCCCUCCUUCCUGAGGGUGGAGGAGAGAGACUGCUAUAACGACUGCUACAUGGCGCUGGAGCACGGCAGGCAGUUCAUGGACAACAUGUCCGGAGGGAAAGUGGAUGAAACACUAGUGAAAAGCACCUGUCUUCAUCAGUGGCCAAAAUGCAAAUCAACAGACAUGAGCAAGCUGUUCUCUCAGGAUGUCCUGCGGGUGUUGUUGGCCCUCCAGCCGGUGCUGCAGGACACCAUUCAGAAGAAGAGGAGCGUGCGCUCCUGGGGCGUUCAGGGACCCCUCACCUGGCAGCAGUUCCAAAUGGCUGGGAGGGGAUCAUAUGGUACAGACGAGUCCCCGGAGCCUCUGCCCAUCCCCACCUUCUUGGUUGGGUACGAGUAUGACUUCGUGGUGCUGUCUCCCUUUGGGCUGCCCUACUGGGAGAAGCUCCUGCUGGAUCCGUUCGGCUCCCAGAGAGACGUGGGAUAUGUGGUCAUCUGCCCCGAAAACGAGGCUCUGCUCCGCGUGUCCAACACUUUCUUCAAAGACCUGAGCGCCAUGUACGAGGCAUGCCAGCUGGGGCAGCACCGGCCCAUCUGCAGGAGUCACCCAGAGGGCAUCUUGAAGGUCGGUUCCACAGAAGGCAGGAGCAUGACGGAGCAGCCCCUCAGUGACUGGUUCCUCAAGAUGGCUGCGCGAGAUGGGAACAACGAAGCCUUUAAUAAGCUCAAAUUAUUCGCUCAAGUGUGCCGCUAUGAUCUCGCUCCAUACCUGUCCGAGCAGUCUUUGGACAGCUCUCUGUUGACGCAGCGCAGCCCAGCGCCACCCUCCUCCUCCUCCUCCUCCUCCUCCUCAACCUCCAGCUCUUCCAGCACCUCCUCAGGACUCCAGAGCACCAACACUACCAGCUCCAGCACCAGCUCUGCCCAGCCCGCCCAGGUCAACAGCACGCCUCCCUCCUCCUCCUCCUCCUCCUCCUCAGGCCCCCAGAAUCGGGGAAUGGCCGCCGGCAAGCCCAGCUCCUACUCGCCAUUUGGGACGGCGGCCUUGCAGAGCGGCGCGUCUCAGAACGCCCAGUCCAACCCGCAGGGCGCCGGGACCCUGGCAGAGAACGGACCCUCUGCUAACCAGCCUGCAGGGGCCAGCGAGACACCGGAGAGCACAAUGGAGAGAGACAAAGUGGGGAAGCCCACGGACGGAGAGUCCCACGCCGUCUCCUACCCUCCUGCCAUCGUGGUGUACAUGGUGGACCCCUUCAGCUACGAGGACGCGAGAGAGGUGCACUCCAGCGUCUACACGCUGGGCCUGCUGCGCUGCUACACGGAGAUGCUGCAGUUUCUGCCGGCGCGCAUCAGGAACGCCGUCUCGGUCCAGAUCGUUCCCUGUCAGUAUCUGCUGCAGCCCGUGCGCAGCGGGGAGCGCCACGUCUACGGCCAGCACCUCAAGUCCCUGGCCUUCUCAGUGUUCACGCAGUGCCGCCGGCCUCUGCCGAACUCCACCAACUUCAAGGCUCUCACGGGCUUCGGCCCCGCUGCCAUUGACAUGGCGCUCAAGAACCCGGAGAGGCCCGAGUGUCUGCGUCUCUACACGCCGCCCUUCAUUUUGGCCCCGGUGAAAGAACAGACGGAGCUGGGGGAGACGUUCGGGGAGGCGUCGCAGAAGUACAACGUCCUGUUCGUCGGCUACUGUCUGUCCCACGACCAGCGCUGGCUGCUGGCGUCCUGCACCGACCAGCACGGGGAGCUGCUGGAGACCUGCAUCAUCAGUAUCGACGUUCCCAACAGGGCUCGCAGGAAAAAGGGCUCGGCCCGGCGGCUGGGCCUGCAGAAGCUGUGGGAGUGGUGCCUCGGCCUGGUGCAGGUCACGUCGCUGCCGUGGAGGGUGGUGAUCGGGCGGCUGGGCAGGAUGGGCCACGGCGAGCUGAGAGACUGGAGCAUUCUGCUGAGCAGAAGGAACCUGCAGUCGCUCAGCAAGCGUCUGAAGGAGACGUGCAGGAUGUGCGGCAUCUCGGCGGCCGACACUCCCAGCAUCCUCAGCGCCUGUCUGGUUGCCAUGGAGCCCCAGGGUUCCUUCGUCAUCAUGCCAGACUCGGUGUCGACGGGCUCGGUGUUCGGCCGCAGCACCACGCUCAACAUGCAGACGUCGCAGCUGAGCACACCUCAGGACACAUCCUGCACGCACAUCCUGGUGUUCCCCACGUCCGCCAUGGUGCAGGUCAACACCAACACUUCAGAGCCCAUCGACAUCAACUUCAACCCCAUCAACCCCGACGGCUCUGACGGAAUGGGCAUCUUCGACCUGUUUGACAACGACAUGGUGGAUCCAGACCUCAUCAACAUCCUGCCCAACUCUCCCACCACCUCCCCGGUCCACUCCCCCGGCUCUCACUACCACCAGGGAGGAGAUGGAAGCAAGGGUCAGAGCGCCGAUCGCAUGGAGUCCCACGAGGAGGCUCUGAACAUCCUGCAGCAGCCCAUGGCUCUGGGCUACUUCGUCUCCACGGCGAAGGCCGGACCGCUGCCCGACUGGUUCUGGUCCGCCUGCCCUCAAGCCCAGAACCAGUGCCCUCUCUUCCUCAAGGCCUCUCUGCACCUGCACGUGUCUUCUGUCCAAUCAGACGAGCUGCUGCACAGCAAACACUCCCACCCGCUGGACUCCAACCACACCUCUGACGUGCUCCGAUUCGUUCUGGAGCAAUACAACGCCCUCUCCUGGCUGACCUGCGACCCCGCCACCCAGGACCGGCGCUCCUGUCUGCCCGUUCACUUCGUGGUGCUCACACAGAUGUACAACUUCAUCAUGAACAUGCUCUGAACUGCUGGGGUGUGAGGCUUGGAUUCAGCGCUCCAGAAGGACCUCGCACCCCCGCCGGGGCCCCCGUGGAGGAAGCAGCCCUCCUCCUCUUCCUCCCUCCUGGUGUUUUCUCAAUAAACUCUGGAAGUUUCCAAUCAAUCAGAUGCCAAGAAUCCAUUUUAGCAUUUUGGAUGAUCAAGGGACGUUUCAUAAAGGAGAACUUUUUUUUUUUUGUUUUGUUUUGUUUUUUCUUUUUAAUGACUGUAGAUUGCAAUCUAUGAAAUUUUAUCUUAAUGAAAUGCCUGCAUAUAUUAUUUAUUGUAAGUUUUUAAAUGUGGAAUUUUUAAUGCUUAAUAUCUUUUAUAAUUACAAAUCCUAGAGGGUGUGUACAUCUCACUGUAAAGGAAUUGGGUUUCAAAGUGUAAUUUUCUCAAUUACAACAAAGAAAAACCUGUUCAAGUGAAUUUGCUGUAGAUUGCUUUUAGAAUAUUAUUUUUUCAAAAGGGUACAGACCUUUCUAUUGCCAUGCUGUAAAAAAAAAAAACAAAAUGAAGUAAAAACGCUGGCCUGGGCAUUUGCGUCCCACCCAAUGAGUGGAUGAGACUUACCUCUCUGUCUGCUUCGGCUCCAGAGUCUCUCGCACAGUAACUCAAUGAGCUCUGAAGAGGAAUUAAAAAGGUACAUUGUCAGAUUAUAUUUUAUAUAACAGAUUUAGGUAAUUGUGUGUGUAUACUUGUAUAUAUAAUUGUGUGCCGCUACUGAUGGUGCAGCUUCUGUUUUAGGAAUAAAGUGCGUCUACCUUA